UCGAUGGAUGUUUGUCCAACGAUGCAAGAGGGCGCUACCCGGUUUUUAAAACAGCAAAAUCACACAUGGUGACAGACGAAAAUGAUUGAAACUGUUGUUGAGGUUGAUCCUGUUCCUGUCAUCAUCACAUACCUCUGGUGAUCAGUUGUAAAUAAAAAAACGCACUUUACGACCAUGGAACCCCCAAGUCAGGUAGAUCGUCUCGAAGAUGAUUUUCACAUCAACUUGUCUGAGCCUGUGGACCUCGAAGAACUCUGUAAACCAGAGAGUAAAGGUGUGGAGUUUGAGGUGUGUCAACCAGUGGAGUCGACUGAGAAGAACUACUUUGAUGAGGAGGAAGUCUUCAAGCAGUUGAACCGUGAGAUGAUGGACCCUGACGAUGACGAACCAGGAGAUGAACAUCUGUCGCCAUUUGAAAAGAUCAGCAGGCGUAUGCGUCCUAUUAUCGGUGAUGGCGGUGUGAUGAAGAGAGUCAUCAAAGUGGGAUCUGGAGAGGUCAUAGGUCAAAGUGAUACUGCAACAGUUCAUUAUAAUGGAUACCUUGAAUAUUCCGAUGACCCGUAUGACUCAACGAGACUUCGGAACAGACCAGAGAAACAUCGUCUGGGAGAGGGUAAAGUCAUUGAAGGUCUUGAUGUAUCUAUUUCAACGAUGCGUAAAGGUGAAAUAUCACAGUUUUUGGUGAAACCGGAGUACGCCUUCGGAGCUAUGGGGGUACCACCUAGGAUACCUGAAAAUGCAUCAAUUUUAUUUGAGGUGGAGCUGGUGAAUAUAAUGGACAAUCCCGUAGCUGGAGAGUUUGACACAUGGACGGUUGAACAGAGGAAGAAGGCAACGUUUUCUGAGAUUCUUAACGUGGCGAAUGCAGAGCGCAAGAGUGGCAAUGAACUUUACCAAAAUAAACUAUUCUCCAAAGCCAGUUAUCACUACGGAAAGGCCAUCAGACUCCUUGAAGAAGCUAGACUAGCCGAUGAGUCUGAAGAAGAUGAAAUGAAACGAGUCCUGCUUAAGUUGUAUCUCAACUCAGCCUUGUGUAACAUCAAACUUUGCCACUCAACGAGGGCGUUGUCCAACUGCAUGAAGGCGUUAGAUAUCGAUCACAAUAAUGUCAAAGCUAUGUUUAGACGAGGCCAGGCCUUUUUGCAGCUGAGUGAGUUUGAAAAAGCACAGAAGUGGCUGUCUAAAGCCCAGAAGCAGUGUCCAAACGACACAGCCAUCGUCAAGGAGAUCGCUAAAUUGCACACGGCGAGGAAAACUUUCAAACAAAUGGAGCAGUCAAUGUACACCAAAAUGUUCCCCUCGGCAACGAAAAGCGCAAACAAAGAAAAUAAUACUUCCAAAACUCAAGAUGGGUCCAGUGGGCUUGAUAAACAGAAGAUGUGCCCAGCGGAAACACAAGAACUACUCAAGAAAAGACUCAAGGCAUUUGAUGAGGACAAGGCGUUAACUGAGAUGCCCAUUGCUCUUGACACUCUGACGUCUGCUGAGGUUGACUACAUCCAGCAAGCUGCCACUGAGAUGGGUCUACAUGUCAGAAAACUUAACCAGAACUCGGACAAGUACCUGAAGCUCUACAAACCAAAGCAAGAGGAAAACCCCUUAGAAACUGUUCCUGCAAAACUCCCUGUUGGGUAAACAUUUAUACCCAUAUUUGUUGGAUUUGAUUGGACUCGGGAACUUGUGCACUACAAACUAUAGCCUAGCCAAGGAAACUUUGUAUGAUGUCGGCGAAUACAGCUCCAUUUUUCUCCUCGGCUUUGAAGAAUAUUGGGCUGCAGUUGUUGUUUUACUGCUGAUGAAAUUGUUUGUUUGUUUUAUAUGGUCUUUCCGCCAACGGAACUCUGCAAACUCCCACAAGGGGAUGUAAACGCCAGGCUGGCAACAGCCAAUCUCUAUCAUACAAAACAUUGGUUCAACAUCUACAUGUAUGAUUAUACUCGGACACAUUACAGACUAAACAAUAACAAAAGUAGUUUGAUUUAGGCCACAGCUUAAAAGCCGAAUUUAUUCAAAAAAAAAUUAAGCUGUGACAAAGUGACAAUAAUUAUGCUCCCGUCAAACUUUCAGCCACUCAAUUGCAAGACCAAUCCUAAUUGGUCAACCAUGUAAACCAAACCAACACAAGCUUAUGUAAGCCACGCUCCCAUUGGUUGCUGAAUACCCAACACUACCAUUCAUAAUACCACACACAUGAUAUGCCGUCGUGUUAAUGCAAGCCAUAGGGAAAAAACAUAGACUGGAAAACAAGUCUCGCCAUGACUCAUGCGAACUAACCAAUAGGGAGCAAUAUGCAGUAUAAAUAAUAAGAGUAUAAUAAGAGUAUAAAUAAGAGUAUAAUUCAUUUUAUCGCUUGCGCGAUAAAAUGAAUUAUUGGAUGCAAUGUGACAAAUUAUCUAUCACUGAUGGUUAAAAACCUAGUAGCCGGAUAGGAAACUGUACCAGGCAUGAUAUUCUUUAGAAAUUUUUUGUUAAAUUGGGAUUAAAGACACUGGAUACUAUUGGUAAUUG